GUUCAAAGGCAGGAAAGAGCCGAGCACCACGGCGAGUAGCCAUGGCAGUCCCCAAUGCCAUCCUGUUCGCCGUCGUGAUUCUCACGCUCUCUUCUUUUGCCAAGGCCCAGCAACCUGCAACACCUCCCAGAAGGAACCCGCCACGUGCACCCCCGCCGCCGCUACCACCACCACCACAAACAAUACCACCGCCACCACCAGUAAGUGCCACACCACCACCAGAACCAACCCCACCAGGCGCACCUCCGCGUGCGCCACCACCGCAAAGGGUUCCACCGCCAUCUCCGGUUAGUGAAGAACCAACACCGGCACCUGCUCCAGCGCCAACCCCUAUAAAUGUUUCUCCAACACCAUCACGUGCACCUCCUCGUGCAUCACCACCGCAAAGGGUUCCACCGCCACCUUCGGUUAGCGAAGAGCCAACAUCGGCACCCGCCCAAGCACCAACACCGACCAAUGUGACACCAACACCAUCACGUGCACCGCCACCACAAAGGGUUCCACCACCACCUCCGGUUAACGAAGAACCAACACCGGCACCCGCUCCUGCACCUACACCUAUUAACCUUACUCCAACACCAUCACGCGCACCUCCUCGUGCACCCCCACCACAAAGGGUUCCACCGCCAUCUCCGGUUAAUGAAGAACCAACACCGGCACCCGCUCCAGCACCAACCCCUGUUACUGUUACUCCGACACCAUCACGUGCACCUCCGCGUGCACCGCCACCACAAAGGGUUCCAUCGCCACCCCCGGUUAGCGAAGAGCCAACAUCGGCACCCGCUCCAGCACCAACACCGACCAAUGUGACUCCAACACCAUCACGUGCACCUCCACGUGCACCGCCACCACAAAGGAUUCCACCGCCACCUCCGGUUAAUGAACAACCAACACCGGCACCCGCUCCAACACCAUCGCGUGCACCUCCACGCGCACCUCCACCACAAAGGGUUCCACCACCAACUCCGGCUAAUGAAGAACCAACACCGGCACCAGCUCCAGCACCACCACCUGUUAACCUUACUCCGACACCAUCACGUGCACCUCCCCGUGCACCACCACCACAAAGGGUUCCACCGCCAUCUCCGGUUAGUGAAGAACCAACACCGGCACCCGCUCCAGCACCAACCACUGUUACUGUUACUCCGACACCAUCACGUGCACCUCCGCGUGCACCACCACCACAAAGGGUUCCAUCGCCACCCCCGGUUAGCGAAGAACCAACAUCGGCACCCGCUCCAGCACCAACACCGACCAAUGUGACUCCAACACCAUCACGUGCACCUCCACGUGCACCGCCACCACAAAGGGUUCCACCGCCACCUCCGGUUAAUGAACAACCAACACCGGCACCCGCUCCACCACCAUCGCGUGCACCUCCACGCGCACCUCCACCACAAAGGGUUCCACCGCCAACUCCGGCUAAUGAAGAACCAACACCGGCACCAGCUCCAGCACCACCACCUGUUAACCUUACUCCGACACCAUCACGUGCACCUCCCCGUGCACCACCACCACAAAGGGUUCCACCGCCAUCUCCGGUUAGUGAAGAACCAACACCGGCACCCGCUCCAGCACCAACCCCUGUUACUGUUACUCCGACACCAUCACGUGCACCUCCACGCGCACCACCACCACAAAGGAUUCCAUCACCACCUCCGGUUAAUGAACAACCAACACCGGCACCCGCUCCAGCACCAACACCUAUUAACCUUACUCCGACACCAUCACGUGCACCUCCACAUGCACCACCACCACAAAGGGUUCCACCGCCAACUCCUGUUAGCGAGGAACCAACUCCAAUGCCCGCUCCAGCUCCAACACCAUCACGUACACCGCCGCGGGUGCCACCACCGCACAGUGUUCCGCCGCCACCAACACAAACCAUGCCACCUCCACCUCCAGCAACUCCAUCACAACCACCGAUAUCACAGCCGCCACCUCCAUCCAGAGGUGGUCAGUGCCCAAAAGAAAAGGUAUUAGCGCUCAACGUGUGCGCAAAACUUGAUCCGUCAACUCUGCUCAUCUCCCCGAGUUUGGUUAAGCAGGAUUGUUGUCCACCGAUCACCAGUCUAUCUAGCACUGAUGCCGCCAGUUGCCUAUGUGAUUCCUUCAAGUUCAGUGGUGGUGUUAUCCCUAAUGGUUUCUCCAUCCAAACGAUACUUCGUGUUUGUGGCUUUGCUAACAUAGGCAACUUCAUUUGUCAUUAACUUGACAUGAAAGGAAUGAAGGCAAUGAGCAAGUAAUACUUGAGAUGCAAGGAGCAAGAACUCCAUGUUGUGUUACUUACAGAAUAAAUAAUGUGCCUCUUAUAUGUAUAUGUCCUUCCAUGUUGGAAGUCCACAUACUUUCUCUAUACUCAUGUAAGGUUGGUAUACUAUAACAACAUUAUUUGUUCCAUGUUCUAAAUAUCGAGAAAUAUUUAAGAGCUUCAUGUUACUGUAUUACUAUA